ACGAAACGCAGAGCUCCACAGAGAAACUGCAAUUUUCAAAGAGCAGAGCAACACCAAAGCAAAUAAAAAUGGCGUUUCUUUUUCUUCCCCGACAAAUAAUAAAACAAUGGAGCAUCUCAUUACUCCUUCUAAUUCUUGUUUUCAACGUCAUCCCUGCUCCAACCGUUCUUGGAUCGGCCGGUAUAAACCAACAAGAAGAAGAAUUUCACGAGGAACUUUUAUUAAGACCGCUACCUGAUCGGAAAGUCUUAGCUCAUUUUCACUUCCAAACCACCGCUCCUCCUUCUUCUUCCAAUGGCCGCCACCACCAUCUCUUCCCCAAAGCCAUUGCCCAGCUGGUUCAGAAAUUUCGUAUCAAAGAAAUGGAAUUGUCAUUCACACAAGGUCGUUGGAACUAUGAAAUCUGGGGCGGAUUUGAUCCGAUUUCGAGCAAUAAUGCUAAGCCUCCAGGAGUUGAAUUAUGGGCUGUUUUUGAUGUCCCUCAACACCAGGUUGAUGCUAAUUGGAAGAAUUUAACCCACGCUCUUUCGGGUCUUUUUUGCGCUUCCAUUAACUUUCUCGAGUCGUCUACAUCUUAUGCAGCUCCUGAGUGGAGCUUCCGCCCUGCCACUGGCGGUAUGCGGUAUGGUAUGUUGCCUCGUGAAGCUGUUUGCACCGAGAAUUUAACGCCUUGGUUGAAGCUUCUUCCUUGUCGAGAUAAAGCUGGACUCUCUGUGUUAAUGCAUAGACCGUCGUUGUAUCGAGGUUUUUAUCAUUCUCAGAGGUUGCAUUUGGUCUCUAACAAGGAUUCAGGUAUUAUUCUAGAACAAACACUCACUGUUGUUCUUCAGCCUGAUAGUUAUUCUAGUAAAAAUAAUGUUCAACCUAGCUGGUCUUUGAGUUCAAUACUCGGAAGAGAACUCCGUGGACUUUGUGAGCUUGCAAAAUCUAGCAAUGUAUACCUUCAGUUUGAGAGUGGCCUAGUUGAUGCACUAAAGAAAAUUGAAAAUCAUGGCUUUGAAUUGUCGGUUAUUCCAGACAGUGUGUUUGAAGAAGAACAUAGCAGAAACAGAAAGGCCCCCUCUGUUUUCUAUCAGUUUUCAGCUGAUAAAUAUAGAAAUAAUCAACAUUUUGAUCUAGGCCUCACAUGGAAAUUUCCCGUGAGCUGGUCAUGUGAACCGGCACCAUUACAUGCUAGUAGGUUCUUGAUGGGCAGUGGGAAUGAAAGGGGGGCUAUUGCUAUCUUGUUGACAUCUACUAACUUAAGUGAUACCUCUGUGGGUGCUUGUAGUGCUCUUGAUGGAUAUAAGUUGCGAGUCGAUGUUUUCCAAAUUGUGCCUUGGUAUAUAAAGGUAUACUAUCAUACUCUUCAGUUGUUUGUGAAUGACCAACCAAAGGCAGUUGGGGAUUUUAUAGAGAAGAUUCAUGUUUUGCCAUCAAAAGACAAGAUAUCUCCCGGAGUCAUGGAGAUGGUUUUGCAAUUUCCUUGUGAUGUGAAAUCAGCUGCUUUGACAUUAGAGUUUGAUAAGGGCUUUCUACACAUCGAUGAGUAUCCUCCAGAUGCUAAUCAAGGAUUUGAUAUUCCCUCAGCUGCAAUAAGCUUUCCCAAUUUUUAUACCAGCAUGCUUUUCCCUACCAAUGGCUCUGCAGGCAAGUCACCUAUGUUCUCCAAGUAUCAGGAAAAGAAUCCUGUUCUCUCUUACACAGAAGUUUUACUUGUACCAUUGACAACUCCUGAUUUUAGCAUGCCUUACAAUGUCAUCACAAUCACAUGCACGGUAUUUGCAUUGUACUUUGGAUCUUUGUUAAAUGUUCUUCGGAAGCGUGUUGCCGAGGAGGAAAGGCUUCUUAAAAUUAAAGCUGCCAAAAAAACCAAUCGGCUCCGGGACCUACUUUCUAAAUUGUCUGCUAAGCUAAGAAGAAAACCAGAGGAAACUCCUGAUUCCCAGCAGGAGGAGACUUCAGAGUCGCAAUCAAAGCGAGAAACUGAGAAAUCGCCAUCGAAUUCAUCAUCGUCAUCUUUGAUUGAUACUAAAUUAUUGUUAAAAAUCUUGUUAGUGGCCAUUUUUGCUGUUGUCUGGCAAAACUAUCUUAGAUAACGUAAUUAAUUCCUUGAUUUAAAAUUUGAGUGUACUAUAAACAAGAAAAGAGAGCUUACUUUUGAGGAAGGGAUCAUUUCUGAAGUGUCUUUUGUAGUCCAAUUCUGUACAAUUUUGAUCUUAGCCGACCUUCCAAGUUACAUAUAUUGUCUUUGAGCAA